AUGCCACUCCGGCCGCUGGGUGCUUUGCGCCCUCGGCGCUUUCCUUUCUCUGCGCCUCUCGACCAUAUCGCCCGCAAACCAUUGAUUCCGACAUCUUCAACAAACCUCCAGUAUAGAAGGUUUGUCACGCAGCUCGAGCAUACCAAAGCUGCCCACCAGUCCGAUGCAGAAAAGGAACGUGUAGUUAUUCUCGGAUCGGGUUGGGGCGGAUAUACCGUGUCGCGCCGGCUUUCUCCGCAGGCGUUCUCGCCCAUCGUCAUCUCACCGCGCUCCUACUUCGUCUUCACGCCCCUCCUUACCGAUGCGGCAAGUGGAUCUCUCGACUUCUCUAAUAUUGUCGAGCCUGUGCGCGACCCGCAUGCCAAAAUCGACUUUAUUCAAGCUGCGGCCAGGUCGAUCGACCUGAAGAGAAAGACUAUCUUAUGCGAGGCCACUGUGGUAAAGAGUGGUGUCACCGAGACACCGCGAACACCUGAAGAUGAAAGACCAGUUGACGAAGGCCCCGAGAGCAAAACAAACAAUCAGAAGCAAGCAUCCCGCUGGUGGGAGCAGGGCGAGAUGUUUGAAGUUCCCUACGACAAGCUUGUCAUCGCGGUAGGCGCUGUGAGCCGCACCUUUGGUACUCCUGGAGUGAGGGAAAACGCCUUUUUCUUCAAGGACAUUGGUGAUGCCAAGCGCGUGAAGCGGCGCGUUCGCGAGUGUUUUGAACUGGCCGUGCUUCCGACCACAUCUCCUGAAAUGCAGAAAUGGUUGCUCCAUUUUGCGAUUGUCGGGGCGGGUCCCACUGGUACUGAGCUGGCGGCGUCGCUUCGUGACUUUAUCUACAAAGAUAUGAUGAAGUUGUAUCCGGCUCUCCAUGAUAUCCCUAAGAUCAGUCUUUAUGAUGUUGCCCCUAAUGUUUUGUCGUCAUUUGAUGCAUCGCUUUCUCGAUAUGCCAUGGAAACCAUGAAGAGUGAAGGCAUCGACAUCAAGACUUCUCACCACGUGGAGAAUCUCCGAUGGGGAGCACCAGGCGACCAACCACCCCACGAGAUGGAUCCGAAGCGUUCCCUCACCCUUAAAACAAAGGAAGAAGGUGAGGUGGGAGUUGGCAUGUGUGUUUGGGUGACCGGCAAUGCUAUGAAUAAAUUUGUCGGCCAGGCCCUCAACAAAGUCGACGAGUUUCCCACUGACUCUGUCAAUGCUAGCUCGCUUUUAACCAAGGAUGACCAGUCUUCCUGGGAGUUCAAGAAGGUUUCUAAGAAAGGCGCUCUACUUGUUGACGGACACCUUCGAGUACAGUUACAAGACGAUACCGGCCGCACGGCUGUUCUCCAAGAUGUCUUCGCGAUAGGCGACAACGCUAUGAUAGAGACUGGAGCACCCCCUGCCACGGCCCAGGCCACCUUCCAAGAAGCAAAAUGGCUAGCAAAACAUCUGAAUGAAAAGGACCUGGACCAGAGCCCACCUUUUUCGUUCCGCAAUAUGGGCACGAUGGCGUACAUUGGCAGCGAGCGGGCUCUGAUGCAAAUCCCUCACGAUGACCGAAACGGCGGCCGCAAUAAAUACCUGCCUGAAGGAAUCACGGGCAGAAUGGCCUCGUUGGUUUGGAACGCAGCAUACAUCACCAUGAGCAUCAGCUGGCGUAAUAAGUUGCGUGUUGCGUUCCGAUGGACCCUCAACCGGCUGUUCGGAAGGGACAUAUCACGUUUUUGA